CCAGCUAAGGCAUCAGUAACAGACAGUUUUCCUACUAGCGAGGAUCACAAGUAGCAGCUUCAUAUUUUUCCAAAAACCUAACAAAAACAAAAAACACACACAAAAUGUCUCUUGAGCGUGCUAUUCGUGCUAAGAUUGCUGGCAAGCGCAAUCCCGAGAUGGACAAAGAAGCUCAGGAAUGGGUUGAAGCUAUUCUUGGUUCAAAAUUCCCUGCCGGUGUUUCCUACGAAGACCAUCUGAGGGACGGUCAGGUAUUGUGCGCUCUGAUCAACAAGCUUGCCCCCAACUCCUCUAUGUCUAAGGGUAAUGAAGAGUAA